AUGGAUGGCGCGAUCAAACACCAAACAUAUACGAUCGACUUGGUCAAACGUCGAAUCCAGCAGAAGAUCAACCAGAGAGACUUCAUGAGCUACCUGUUGGUAGAGCGCGACGCAUCCCAGAUAUCAGACAUUCAGUUGGCCGCUCACGCCUCGGACUUUGUCAUUGCGGGGAGUGAAACAACAGCCACAUGUCUGGCAACCGUCAUUUACUACGUCGGUCGUAAUCCCCGCAUUCUCAAGGCAUUGCAGAAGGAGGUUCGAUCCGCCUUCGGAAGCUACAAGGAGAUCAAUGGACAAUUCACCUCCUCGCUCAAGUACUUGCACGCGCUUUAUUACCGAUACGAUCUGAAGCUGAUGGACGAUGAGGUGGAAUGGCACAGGGACGUGGCCAUGCAUCUCCUGUGGGUUAAGCCCAAGCUCAUCACGCAGGUGCUUCCACGGGCGAAGUGA